CCCGAACCAGUAGUGUUCCAGACUUUGUGAAGGAAGGAACGAGCCCAUCAGCAGCCACAUCGUGUCAUCGUCUCAAUUCUCGCGUUUAUUUUCCACUCGGAAAAGUGAGACCAUUCAUUCAUUCAUUUUUUGCAUUUCAACUUCCUCCUCCUCCAAGCUACCAACUUUUUAGAUAAAGGUUUUCAAAUAAAGUGCCCGACUUAUUCGCCACGUAGCAGUUUACAUCCGGGCAGUAAAAACAGUUUUGCGGUGUUUUAUUUCCUUCUUCAUUUCACUUUAUGUGAAUUGAAUUGGACUGGAUUUCUCAAUAGUGGAAAAAAGAAACUUUGUUGGAGAGAAAACUCUUUAAAAUUCUAGCUUCGCCCUCCUAACUCAGUUUGACUUUCUCUCCUCUGUAAGAAAGCACUUUUUCCUGCUUAAACUUUAAUUCUUAACUUUGCCCAGGAUAAGUAUUGUGUGUGUUUGUAUGUGUGGAAGUAAGUGAUAUUUCACUCUCUGGACGAAAACCUCUGGAAAAAUAAGUAAGAAGCGUGCUGGGUAUCGUUGCCACAUUUAAUGUUGGUUUAGCCCCACCGUGGACGUGGACACUGGAUGCGGACAAUCUUUCACUUUCGUUUCGUCCAAGAAAAAAAGAACUUAUUUAGUUAACUUGUGACUCAAAAAGUGACAAAUGCCCACUUAGCCUAGUUCUCUCUCUCUCUGGCAAUCACUCACUCAAUCAGGAGACCGUUUCGAGAAAAAGUGUAAAAAAACUAGAUACACCGUGCUUUUAUUUCCCCUUCGAAGUAAAGUAAUCCUACCGACAGGACGGAAGAAAUUGGGAUCAUGGACUUGGAUGGAUAGCUCCAUUCUUCUUAAGGAGAAAGUUGCCCAGGACAGGAUUUCGGUGAGGUGGUCGUGAUCUUCGCAGGAACGAAUUAUUUUAUUAUCAAAGAGAGAAAACAGCAGCAGGAUGACGAGAAGGGGGAGCCGGAACUUUGUCAUUCUUCUCCUCCUUACCCUCCACUUUACCAAGUCGUCCUCCUUCUGUCCCCAGUAUUGUGGGUGUAACGACACCUCGCUGAGUGUCCGAUGUCAUUCCUCCUCGAAUUUGAGAGUGGUUCCCAUUUUCUUGAAUCCUCAGAUCAAAUCCUUGUCCCUGUCUCACAAUCAGAUUAAGGACAUCACACUCUCGCUCCAAUUCUACCAGGAGCUGGUUCACCUUGACAUUUCCGGGAAUCAAUUAGUGUCCCUGGGGAAGGGAAAUUUUGAAUCGCUCCGUGCCCUCGAAACCCUCAAUUCAUCCUACAACCAGGUGAAAGUUCUGGAAUCUGGGGUGUUCCAAGGGCUUUCAACCCUCACCCAUUUGGACGUCAGUGGGAACCAGGUUGAACGAUUGGAGAAGGAUAUUUUCUCAAGUUUGAGAAACAUCAAGGAAAUCGUGUUGGAUCGGAAUCGAUUAGAAUUUAUUGAUUGGGAUUUGUUCAAAGGACUUACGAAACUUGAGAGGAUUAGUGUCCAGUAUAAUUUCAUUCAGGUAAUCGAGCCCAGUCCCACCUUGUCAUCGGUUAUCACUUCCACCACUAACGGAUCAGUUCCCUGGACACUGCCCAGCGUCCAAAUCCUCGACGUCUCAUCGAACCAAUUGACUCGAGUGAAGGAUAAUUCCCUCCUCGUGUUCUCCUCCCUGAAGGAAUUAAACCUCUGUUGCAACUACAUUCAUACCCUGGAGGACCGUGCUUUUACCUCCCUGCCAGCCCUGGAGAGGGUCAAUCUGUCCCAAAAUCGGUUGGGCAGGGUUCCCUCCACCCCGCUCGGUCUGGUCACGUCGCUCAGAUCGCUAGACUUGUCUUCCAACCGAUUGUCCUCCACCAUUCCGGCCACCGCUUUUCGACCCCUGCACAACAUCCAGUUCCUCCGACUGAACGACAACCCCGCGCUGGAGGCCUUCCAUCCCGACAGCUUAUCCGAACAGUUCAACCUUGUCAGCCUGGAGGCGGAUUAUCUUCCCAACUUGACCGAAUUUAGUGGCACUUUGCUCGCAAAUAAGCCCAACUUACAGCGGUUUUCGAUAAGAUAUGCCCACAUUGAGGUGGUGCCUUCAAAUCUUGUGCAAGACGUUGCCGACCCGGCGGCAAGGGCGUUGGAUAUUUCUGGAAAUCCGAUCGAUUGUAACUGCUCAGCUUACCAGUUGUUUCAAUAUCUGCAACAUUACACCCAAACCGAGGGAUAUGAAGAUGGAGACGUUAUCGUUACUCAACCGGAGACCAGUUACCUGCUCAGGCCAUCAAUUUUAUCCCCCAGCAAUCUCUCGAAUCAUGCCCAACAGCCGUAUGUGGAUCAAUCUGGGAGGAAAAGUGGACAAGGAGGAGGGCGGAAAAAGUCUCCCUUUUACUUGUCCAUGGUGCGAUGUCAAGGUCCUCCUUCUCUGACGGGGAUUCUAGUCAAGGACUUGAAAGCGUCGGACUUUUCGGGCUGUUUCAGCAGUGAGGAUCACUUCCAAAUUAUGGUGAUUGUCAUCGCAGCGUCCAUCCUGAGCCUGAUUUUUCUCGUGGUGGGGGUGAAAAUGUGCUGCUUUUCGGGUAGGAGUACUACCACGAUGGGGGGAAAGUGCAAAAGGCUGUGUAUGUGUUGUGGGGGAUGUUGGCCCCCGUGUAAAGGAAAGAGAAAGUCGGCCCAAGGGAGCGACACGGUCACAUUUUGUGGAAAAAGCUGUCCUUGUUUUGGUGGGGAGGAAAAGGGGCUCGAUUUGGACAAGGCGGACCGGUUAUUUGAGGGUUAUCGGGGGAGAGACGGAAAUAAUAUGGCGAAUGGGCAACAAACUCCACAACAGACUCUGAUGCAGGAGAGGAAUCAUUUCAUUGGAGUUCAGGUGCAACAAAGCCCCAGUGGAAAAUUAUUCUUUUCCGCCGACAAUUCCACCCCACAACACGUAGCCCCCCAAUCAUACUAUGCCCCCAAUGGGCUCAUCCCCUUCACGGAGGAUGGAGCAUACCACCACCACACCCUUCGUCACGCCAACCUCAGUGGUGGCACUCUUAGCAAACCCAACCAACCACUCCCACCCUUGCCCCCGUACAAUUAUAACUACACAUUCAACCCCAAACCGUCAAAAUCCAUCCACAACAAUUUUCUCGAUGGGGGCAACGAGUACACAAGUCCACUCGACUUGCACCUCCAACGCCACAAUAAUCACCACCACCACGCUGCCCUUGGUCAUUACGAUUAUGACGAUGAGGACGAUGAUUCUGACGAGAAUGAGCGUCAUCACGACCUCCACCAGCACCAAGCAGGUCGUCCCCAGCCACCCCAAUACCACUAUAACCAGUAUAACAAUGGGGGUGGCCCUGCAGGGACUAAAAGUAAUAGAAAGUCCUCCUCAAAACAUAACACACUUCGUGAAAAUGGUCACUUUGGUGGAUCCUCGACCAGUUUCUCGACCAGAGGAGCGGAUCGACAAGUUCCGAGUGUUCUUGUCUAGAGAGAGGUGACAGUGGUGUUAAAUAUGAUACGCUAUGAUACUGCUAUGCUACUUAAGAUAAGAUAAGUGUGUGUGAUCAAGUCGUUAAAUUAAGAGCCAUUUGUUUAGCCUGGUGGAGUACGUACUCGACGGCCAGGCUUACUUACAUAUAUUUAUAAACGUCUCAAUUCUGGUGCCCAAUUCCCACGAAAUUGUUGACUAAUGACUUGCGAACAUCACAGAUGUUUCUUUCUUUCUUCUUCUUUACAACAGUGUCAGAUGGUUGGUGAAAGUUUCUCGUUUUCUUGGAGAGAGAGAGGAAAAACAUGGCAAAAAACGAUGGCCGGUCAGUCGUCGUCGUCGACGUCGAGUGGGUAAAAUUGAGUAGGAGAAAGGAGGAAGUUUGUCAGAAAACGCGUAAAACAAAAUCAAUUUGUUGCUAAAACUUGGAGAAAAAAAUGAAACAUUUUUGAAGCGGAUGGAUACGAAUGAACGAGUAGAUAUUUAGAUUAUGUAAGAUCGAGACUGAAGAAACAGAGAAAGUUGCGUCUUUUUAGUGAAAGUCGCCGUAUUUUUCAGGAAUACUUUCCCCGCUUUCCAUCCAGUCCGGCAAGAUAUUUAAAUUCCUUUUCGCUUUCCAUCAAAUCAACCUUUCUGGGCAGUUUUAAAAAAUUGAGACAAACUGCUCCAACCCAGUCUGGCUGGACAACAGUAAAUAAUAAAACUUCCAUAUUAUUCCAAAGCAAUAAAAGACGACGGCUACGACAAGAACUAGAGAAUAAAUAAAACAUAAAAUAAAUAUGCGGCAUAUUUUCGUUUUCAAAUUUUAGCUUACAAAGAGAACAAACCUUUCAAAAUUUGACAUUUGUUUUUAUCCACUUUCUCUUCUCUUCCUCUCUCUAAUUAAAACCUUUCCUUUUCAAUUUUUACUCCGAUACAAAAACCCACUCAGUCAUAAAGAAAGAACAACAAAAUCAAAGUUUUCUUUAUUACAAAACUUUGCCUAACUUUUGCCAGUCGGGAUAAGUAAUGAGGCGAAUCAAAAUCAAGCAUCCACAAAAACUAGUCUACACAAGAAUAAUUAUGAAAAGUCGCCACCCUGGCUAAAAGUUGAGGAGCUAUUAAUAUCAACUAUAAAAUUUAUUUUAUGUAUCGAAUUUUCCUAAUUAGUCCAAACAUCACACCUUGAUACAUAAUAGAAAGUUAGAAAUUAUGUAACCCGUUAUAUGUAUACAUAAGUAAAUACUUAUUGUUAAGUAAGAACCGUACCUUGUAAAACAUUAUAAUUCGAUAAGAAAUAGUGGAUAAGAUGGUUUUAUACAAAAAAUAAACUGAUUUUAACGAUGCGA